AUGGGAUGUGGAAAGAUAGUAUGUGUACAGGAAGGUAGUGGACCUUGCUUUUUCUGUGGAAAUCUGGUCUGCACCAAGGAUGAGAAAGAGAUUCUGGAUCGAGGUUCUCGAAAAAGUGCUGAACUUUACUCUCAUUUGAUGGGCUUGAAGAAGGGUGGUAACACCAAUGAAUCUUCACUAUCUGCUAUUGGAGCUGAGUUCCAAAAAGCUACUCACUUCAGAAACAAGCUUCUAGCUGCCGACGCUGACUCGAAACGCACACGGCAAAUAAUCCAACGCAAGUUUGGAAUUGAAGAGAUCAAAGCAGAGACCGCAAGAAGAAAAAAACGCUCUACAAUCUCAAUGUUACUGAUGUCACCGUUAGCGAAGGGGUGC